UCUGUGACAAACUGCGCGUGGUGUCAGACAAGGCGCUUUCAAGAAUAGAAUUAACUCGAGCCCCUCAUGAAAAUAUAAAAACUGAGCUCUUUCAUACUUUCCGGCUAACUCAAAAGUAAGGAACAAGGGAAGACAAGAACUAAAAGUUAGUAGGAGUUAGUGUCCUUGUGAAAGAGGCAUCAGAAAAAAAUAUAUAUUUGGUGAAGUUACAGCAAUAGAAGGAAACAAACCGUAACUCUAGUUUCAGAAAGCAGCAAGAAACAGUUGCAGAAGAAUUUAUUUUCUCAGGACCGUCACAGACAAAGAAACACACCAGUUUAAAUCGACCAUCAAUCUUUCGAUAAAAGCAUCAUGGACCACAGUACACUAGCCCUUGCCUUGACCUUCCUCACUGCUAUUGUAUGUCAUGUCUACAGUGAAGAAAUGAACCACGUCUCUGCAUUGAACACGUUAGAAGACCAUCAGGAGACACACCAGCCACAGAAACGAUCCCCAGCGAGCAGUCCAGCUUUGUAUUCGGAAGACUUGGAAGCGGACAGUGGUCUCGAAGAGCCCAUGGACGAUAUGGACAAGAAAAACACUCUCUUCAGGUUCGGCAAAAGGCAAGGGGCCUGGUUCAGAUACGGCAAGCGUGCGGGCACUCUUCUCAGGUUCGGAAAGAGAGGCACGCUCCUGCGAUUCGGAAAACGUGGGGGUUCUUUGCUCCGAUUUGGCCGCGGCGGAAACUCCGACGCUGACUUCUCAGAGGACGACAAGCGUACCCUCUUCCGUUUCGGGAAACGAUCCGAUCUGGAGGAGAUCGUCAGAGACGCCUUGGCCAGGGAGGAGCUUAGCAACAGCCCUUGGUACAUGGAGAACGAGCCAGUUAAGCGUGGAGUCAACGGGUUCCACUGGGGACAGGAAAGCGAAAACUAAUGUGCUUACGCCAAUCUCACCAAGUACUGUGUAGGGAUUAUACAAUGUUCUGUUUUGUUAUGACAAAGUCACUGUAAUAAAACAAAAUAAACAUCAAAUAGGGCUCAAAUCUUUUUGCUUUCCCCAUGUAAGCGUUUGACAGCAAUAAAAAAAAAAAGUUCCUGUACUUUGAGAGUAGUCAGAGGUGAAAAUGUUUUUGUUUUUUUUCUAUUUUGCUCGAGAUGUAAAUUGAUGACUCUAUCACGGACAAAUUAUACAAAUAGAUAUUUUUUUGAAUUAAAAUUAAUUUAAGUGUU